AUGUGUGCGCCUCGAUGCCUAUUGCGUCCGAUGGAAAAAGAUCCCAUGCAAUAUCAUCCUCUCAUUUUCAGUGGUUGGUACCUUGGAUUUAACGGAUCCACAUGUUACUGACCUUAGAGGGCAGUACUACAGACCGAGUAUAUAGUCGCCACUCGCCAGUCUGCUUUUAUCAGAGAAGAGAGCAUCAGUAGUAGUAGCUUGUGCGGCAUAAAAUGGAAGGAGACAUCUCCAGCCUCCCGACCAAAAGGGUUGCUGUGGUCACCGGCGGCAACAAAGGGAUCGGGCUGGAGGUGUGCCGGCAGCUGGCCGCCGACGGCAUCACGGUUGUUCUGACAGCCAGGGACGAGACGAGGGGCGUGGAGGCCGCCGAGAAGCUCAGAGGGAUGGGCCUUUCCUGUGUCAUCUUCCAUCAUCUGGAGGUCACGGACAGUUCCAGCGUUUCUCGGUUGGCUGAUUUCUUGACGACUCGUUUUGGCAAGCUAGAAAUACUGGUGAAUAACGCAGCAGUUAGCGGGAUGGAGCACGCCCAAAGAGUAGAUACUAACGAGGAACAGUUCGUUGGCAUGGACAAGCAACAGAGACUUGAAUGGUUGAAUAAACAAGGCCGGGAGACGUACGACGCCGCAAAGAACGGCGUGCAGACGAACUACUACGGCACGAAGCUUGUAAUCCAAACCUUGCUGCCUCUGCUCCUGCAAUCCUCCGGCGAAGGAAGAAUCGUUAACGUCUCCUCCGACGCUGGACUACUAAGAUGGCUCGUCAACAACGAGGAUCUGAGGAAGGAGCUGGACGACGUUGAUAACCUCACCGAGGAACGGCUGGACGAGGUGCUGGACAGCUUCCUGAAAGACUUCGAGGCCGGCGCGCUGGAGGCGCACGGGUGGCCGACGGCGCCGUUCGUGGCGUACAAGAUGGCCAAGGUGGCCAUGAACGCGUACACGAGGAUCUUGGCGAGGAGGCACCCGGAGCUGCGCGUCAACUGCGUGCACCCGGGCUACGUCAAGACGGACAUGACCAUCAACUCGGGGUUCCUGACGCCCGAGGAGGGCGGGAGGAACGUCGUGACGGUGGCCCUCCUGCCGGACGGCGGCCCGACCGGCGCGUACUUCGACGAGGGCAGGGAGGCGUCAUUCCUGGAAUGACGGCGGAGAGGUCUCAAAAACGAGGCCCAUUGAAGACGGAUGAAAGCAAGUUUAAUAGUAUAGGCAACUUAUGGCUCUAAGGGAUGUUUGGUUGAUGUCUAAUCUUAUUAUAACUAAGUUUAAAUUAGUUGUGGCAUGGUGGCACAAAUGUGGCUUAGAAAUAGUUGGCCACAAGUGUGGCAUGCUUAGCUCUAAAUUUUAGAGUAUGACACGUGGGUCUCAAAGUUAAGAAAGUGUGGCAUAACACAAUUGCGGCAGCGAACCAAACACAUGCCUAAAAAAUUGUGGCA